AAUUUCAAAGAUAUUUUGCUUUAGUCACAAAGGGCAUGGAUUGUACAUGGCAACACCCACCGAAAUUCAGAAAUUCACAAUAUCAUCAGAAUUCUGUCAAUUCAUUUUGGAGAUGAUGGGUGAGUUAUAUACGUCACAUGAAAUGCCUGAGCAGCCGAAAGAGAGCUUUUUCAAAGGACUAUUUGGGGGCGGAGCAAAAAGUUUGGACAGAGAGGAACUCUUCGGAGAACAAAGUGGGAAAGCAAAUAGAUCAGUUGCCAAACAUAUACCUGGUCCCAAUCUGGAGCAAUUAGGGCAGCGAGCAUCUACUGCAGCCUCUGAGAUAAGCAGGGCGCAUCAGUUGGCAAUGGAGAGAGGAGAGAAGCUUAAUUUGCUGGAAGAGAGGGCUGAACGUAUGGCCAACCAAGCUCAAGACUUCAGUGGAACAGCACAUCAAUUAAUGCUUAAAUAUAAAGAUAAAAAAUGGUAUCAGUUGUAAAAAUCUAUUUUAAGAUCUAAUUCUACCACAGUUAUUGUAAUAUUGCUUUUAUAACACUUUCUACUACAUCAAGGUACACUUAUUUAAUUUCUGUUUUCAAAUAGUAAUGUUAUUUAUAAACUGUUUUUA